AUGUCAUCAGUGGCAUCAGCUUCGAAGCUACUUGUAACAGGGUUCAUGAGACCUUACUCCGUUGCUUCCUUGUCGAAAAUUUGCUGGAUUUUUGGGGCUGUCAGUGCACGUGCAACUGAAGAACAACACGUUGCCCUGUUGUUUCUUCUUCUUUGCCUAAUCUUAGCUGAUGCUUUUGUGAUUCUAGCCACAGCUAAUGAAACAGUUCAUGCCAUGGUUGAGCCUGAUAUGGCAUAUUCCUCCAAUCCACCGGUUCCUAGCCCAUCAAGCACCGGAAAACUGGUGACAGCUGAAGCGCCUGUUAUACGAAAACUGGGGAAGCACCAGCAGAGAAUAGUGAAGCCCUUUGCUGCAGCACCAAAUUUGAGUCCAUCGGAAGCGCCUCAAAGUGAAGAGAAUUUGCAGUCUGCAAAUGAGGUCAGUUCUUCAGGUGGGCAAGAGAUUCAGUUAAAGAAGCUGCAGCAUCAUCCGAUCGAUAAGUCCAUUGCUGGGGGUGGAGUGAUCCUUGGUGGCCUAGCAGCCACAUUCUUGGUGGCAGUUUUCCGUUACAUUCGAGCCACUGGGACUGGAAGGAAAAAUGCAGAACCUAGUGCCUAA